UGCGACUGUGUCGUCCACCAGGUGAGCGUUCUGACCGACCAGGUGGAGGCGCAGGGAGAGAAGAUCAGAGACCUGGAAAGUUCUCUGGAGGAACAUCGUCAGAAACUGGCCUCCACCGAGGAGAUGCUGCAACAGGAGCUGGUCAGCAGAACUUCUCUGGAGACUCAGAAGCUGGACCUGAUGGACGAGGUGUCCUACCUCAAACUGAAGCUCACGGAGGUCGGCAUGGACGAGAAGGACGGCGACGACGCGCGAGUACAGGACUCUGCGGACGCCAAGCAGAACAAAGCUGAGGUAGGGACUGCAGCGACAUCAUUAAAGCAGGAUUUCUCACCCUAAUUUAACAGCUUCAGAGUCAGAUGUGUUGUCUCCACUGCCCCCUGCUGUCUGUAAGAGGAGAAACACACAACAUCAGGGCCUCCGACCCAGGAGGUCUCAUGAAGUCAAAAGGAUAAAGAGGUAGACGAUGUUUGCGGUUGUGUCAUAAAAAUAUGUCGUCCGAAACUGUAGGGGGAGCUCUGUAGACGUGAAAAGUUAUCUUUUAACCAUUUAAUGAGCAUCA